AUGCGGUUCGCCCAACAGAGACCGGACAAAGCAAUCGAAAUCGUCCGCGAGGCACCUGAAGCCCGCCGAAGGAACCGACUGUCUAAGCCCUUAACCAAGAAGCCUGGUACAAGUGUCUCAACCACCAGUCUUCCGGAACCUGUUCCAAAGCCAAGAAAUGCCAGUACUGGAGAUCGCCGAAUAGGUGGCCCAUUGUCGAGCAACCCGAGCGAUGCUGCUCUUCGCCAACAGAUUCGAUCGGAUGUCUUCGGCUCCUCGUCGGAUUCCCAGAGCAAGCAUUCAAAAACCGAGUCAUCAUGGAGUAUUGCGUAUAUGGUGAAGGAGGCGGAAGAAGCCUCUGUUGAAGAGCCACGCAGCCUGCAGCAGGAAGAGCAGCCGUUGUCGCCUGUAAAGCCCAGGAAGAGGAAGUCGCUGAUUUUGCGUCGACUAUCCACACACCGGUCGAACAGUUUCAGAAGCUCCACAAGUAGUGGAAGGCUCAACUCACUACAUGACGAGGCUACCUCUGCGUCGACUCCAGCCUCUCCUCUCGAUCGGAUUGUCGACGCACCGUCCAUUCCCCCAACGCGACGAGCCUCCUUCACCCCCGGUACGGCUACGAGGAAGGCCUCCAGAGUACUGCGAGAAGAACAGAUUGAUGAAGAAAAGACCCUCGAGGAGACAGAAGACUGUAAUGUUAUUGGAACAGACUUCUUCGAGUGGCAACCACCGGAACCUCCAGCAAUGAUGGGAAGAGCAGGUACGCCAGCUGAUCUGAGCUACUCACACCUUGGAGGGCUCCGACAUGGGUCCUUGCAAGUCGUGAAUGGGCGAGCCUCUCCAGCAUUCAGUGAGAUGUCAAAGACCUCCCGUAGCUUUCUGUUAGCACCGAAGGCUAAUAGGGAUGUUUCAAGUGAUUAUGGAGAUGCUGAGGAUGAACAAUCGAAGGUCGCUGGCCCUGACAGAUAUCUACCACGGCUCAACACGCUAGGAAAGAAGCCCCAACGUCGAGAUUUUAGCAGGGAAAGUAACAAGCAGAAAGCGCAACAGACUCCUCUUCGAGCAGUAAGAUCCGCAGUGCAUCCGACAGAUUCGACAGAAAUUGCAGAUCAGACCUCAUUAAUGGCACAAGAGUACAUGGCUGAACUCCCAAUUAGCCCAUUUUCGGAUUUGAAAACUACCUCUUCACAUGCCUCCCUACGGAAAACCAAGUCUGAAGGCCUGCUGCAGACUUGCUCAUCAUCUUCAACGCCAUUUGUAUCCCCAUGUCCUGACCAUCUCAUUCCGAAAGAUUCUGAGAUUGUACCGCCAUCGAGGUCGCCUUCCCCUACUGGCUCUGUUAUUUACAAGCCACAGCGUAUGGAGGAUGGCGAACAAGACCACAACAUCGUGGGUCUCUUGAGCAACGAAGACAGACAGCACCGUGAUACCGACACCGUUUGGUCUCCAACGAGACAGUUUGUCGAUCAGAGUUUCCAGCCUGCGGCUGAAUUGGAAGCAACGACCCCCCGGACGCGAUUGCAGCCUCCCCCAGCUCCGGCAAAAUCUGAUAGUGGCUACAGCUCGAGCAGUUCGUUGAAUUCCCUUCGAAAGGACAGAAAUUCUGAACCUGAUACGGACAAGGAAGCGUUGCAAACAGGACCGAGCAACACAGCGAAUACACAGGUAGAACGGCAAGAAGCGAUACCCUUCCCACGCAGUCACAGACCAUGGAACCUGAAGUCACGCAAGACUGCACCUCAGCUUACUACUUUAUCUGAUGUCCGCCCUGCUGAGAUUGCGUCAAGCCAAGUAUCUGCGUUGCUUGAAUCCGACGCUGUCAUAGCCAAGCCCGUCAAAACCCGCAAAAAGCUCCAGAAGAAACGAACAUUGAGCCAGCCUCCUCCCAAGGUCUCGAUCGGUCGAGUCCAUUCUUUUGAAGGUCAAAGCAUUCCUUCGGUCCCACACGGGGUACGCGAAGCACUUCGGCUUCGCUCAGAAAUAGUACCCGAGCUUGACAACACGUACCUUCAAGAGACCAGCCUUGCAAGCAUUGACCACCAGGAAACAGAGAUAAGGUUUCCUUCGCCAGCACCCGAAAAUCCUGUGGAGAUUCGGCGAUCACGCAGUCGCAGUCGCCCAAGAUCCUGGAUUAGCCGUUCGAAGGAAGCCAAGACACCUUCUCAACGCCACUCAGGCUUCAGUCACCAUGAGGACAACACGACAAUUAUACAUGAUCUAGGGACAGUGGCAACGUCCCUUGGAGCCAGUCCAUAUGACUUGGCCCAUGAGAAUAUCGUGUCUAAAGAGACCCUGAAUCCUUAUAGUAUCUCCACUGUUGCACUGCGACCAAGGUAUAUAAUGGAUGACAGGGCCGCAGCAGAGCUCUCGAGGUCCAAAAGUCGUACGGUCCAAGAACGCCUUGGGAGAUUAGGAGGUCGAAGAUCGUCGUUCAAUGACAGAGGGGGUAUUCCGGGUAGGAACAUCAGACCAGCGAGUUUUGCUAGUGAUGCACCCCCAAUAACUCCCGAGAUGGUGCUGAACCAGAGACUUGCUUCUCUGAGUAGCGUUUCAGCAGCACCCCCACCGCCGCCACCUCAUGUACGACAGCCUUCCUAUAUUGACUACGAGGAAGACUACUCCGAUAGAGCGUGGGUUCCUCCACCUCCAUUGCAUUCACCGCAACCAUUGGACAUUAACCCGGAUCAAUGGCCCCUUCACGCUACUACACGGCAGGACAAGCUACGCGCUAUUGGGGAUGAUCUGCGAAGGCAGUCUUGGAAGAUUCAUAAUUCGCAAGAUUACUACGAAGACUAUCAAGACCUUGGUUACGAUGAGACUCUUUAUCCUGUGAUAUCUCCUGCGGAAAACCAACAGCAGGGGUUGAGUCAAUAUAAUAUGAACGCCCCAGAGUUGGUCUUUUCGACGCAGGACCGACAAGAUCAUGGCUAUACGCCGUACGAAAAAGCAACCUACAAGCCUUCCAGUCCUAGGUACUACUCCGCCUAUACCCAAGGCGUACCCUUUGUGCAGAAGUCUAGGCACUAUUCAAUGAUACAAGACUACUCUUAUUCACACGGUGGGGUGAACGACUUCUCCGCGUAA